CCGGGACACCGCUCAGAUUCACGUGUGCUGGUGCAGCUGUCAGCUGGAGAAGAGGAGCCGCUGAGCACAGUUUGGCUUGAAACGCGUCUCUCCGCAGAGGAAAUGGCUCUGAUCGGGGUUCAGCUCGUGGUCAGCUUGCUGGCUGCCAGCAUCAUGCAGAAGAUGGCUCCACACUGCUCUUUUGCACGCUGGCUCCUCUGCAGCGGCAGUUUGUUCCGGUUCAAACACCCUUCAGAAGGAGAGCUGUGUGCGCUGGCCGGGAAGCAGAUGCCCAAACAGAACAGGAGAGACAGACGGCAGAAUGGAGAAAGCAAGCCUCUCACUGUGCCAAAAGACAUUGACCUUCACCUGGAAAAAGCUCCAGUUAAUGUCAUUGAUGCUCUUGUUCUGCGCUUCUUCCUGGAAUAUCAGUGGCUGGUAGAUUUUGCCAUCUAUGCAACAGGUGUCUUCCUGUUCACUGAGUGUUAUUACAAUGUGGUGGAUGCCAGCAAAGAAGUCAAUAUUGGAGCUCUCUGGUGUGUCCUGACUGUUCUCUUCAGUCUAAAGACCCUUCACACUCUGAUGAGUCACUAUUUCCGCUCUGAAGAAGGCGGCGAGCGGUCCGUGUGCCUCGCCUUUGGUUUUCUGUCUCUGCUCAUCGCCAUGCUGGUGCUGGUGGUCAGAGAGGAUUACCUGGAGUUCGGCCUGGAGUCGGGCUUUUCCAACCUCUUUGACAACUUGGAAAUCUUUGCCAAACAGCAGGGCUACGCUGACUGGUCAAUCCCAGUGACGAAGCUGACGGUGAAGCUUGGUCUCGCCGCUGUCUGUGCCUACAUCGGCGCUCUGCUGGCUUUCCCUGGACUGCGACUGGCUCAGACUCAUCUUGAUGCUGUACAGAUGAACUCAGACCGACCACUCAUCCAGAUUCUGCUGCAAAUAAGUUUCCUGUCUCCAGUCAUUGUAUUGGUUCUCUGGGUGAAACCCAUUGCAAGAGACUUCCUGGCCAACGCACCCCUGGGGAAGACCUCUGUCACAAUAGUUCCCAGUGCAGUAUUCGACAGCAUGCGUCUGUGGAUCAUCGUGGUGCUGUGUGUGCUGCGCUUAGCACUGACUCGCUACCACCUGCAGGCGUACCUCAACCUGGCUCCGAAGUGGGUGGAGCAGAUGAAGAAGGAAGCGGGACGCAUCGCUGCCAUUGACAUUCAGAAGAAGGUUACACGUGUGUUUUGCUAUCUGACUGUCAUCACUCUCCAGUAUUUGGUUCCUAUUUUUCUAAUCCUCUUUUCCACACUGUCACUCAAGGCACUAGGGGACUUCUCUUGGGGAACAGGUGCAGAAGAGAUCCCCGGGGUCACCCCGGCUCUGGUGAUGCCCACAGCGGCGCCUGUGCUCCCUGGCAGUCUUGAUGAUGAUGAAGAGGGGGUAGAGGACAUGGAGGAAGACAUCCAGGCCACAGUAGCUCACCUGUCGGCGACCUUCACAGCGCUGCGGUCUGUCCUCACUCCACUUUUCUUCCGAGGCUUCUUCGCCUUCCUCACCUGGUGGGUGGCGGCCUGUCAGGUCAUCAGCUCUCUGUUUGGCAUCUACUUCCACCAGUACCUCAUGCAGAACUGAGGAAACCAGAGCGCCGUGCUGCUGUACCUGCAAUGCAACCAUAGCCCUCAGCUAUUGUUGUACUGUUGCAUUGUGUUGAUGCUGCAGAGGUGGGACAUUUCAUUAAAACACACAACUAGAGACAGAAUGCUCUGAUUUUUGGUUCGAACAGAAGAACUGAAAAAACAGUAGUGGGCACUGCAGAUUUGCUCUAUGACUUUUAAUGACCAGCAUACUACUGGUAUCAAUAUACAGACAGAACUGGAGCCUGUAUCAGGAGGCAGGUUAACUUAGUCUGGCUUUCUUUGGGUUUCCUGGCUUUACUCUGUCCGAACAAAAGUGUCACAAAGCUGGAUAACAACUGUCUCACUUCCCUGUGAGUUGACUGAUCCGGCUAUGAGCAUGUUCAUACUUCCAGCUGUGGGAAGACGAGGCUAUUGCAAUAGAACUACAUAAUGCUCAGUGAAGUGAAAUAUGAACAGAUCGGCCACAACAAAACAAAACGUGAUGUCUGGCAAAACGUUGACAUUCUGACCCAUUCACUCAGCAGUAAUGACAUAUUAUUACAUGAGUAUUUGUGUAUCCCAUCAUGAAUACUAUCUUAAAACUUGACCUUCAUUUCAUCAUCAGCUAAACACGUGUAAUGCUUUGUUCACACACAAUCUUUCUGAACCACACUAUAUACACACAAGACAAUACCAGCCACGCCACAUUUUAGCUGCUGAUAAUCACUUAUCAAGUACAAUAGAAUAAUAGACUGUAGAAACCAUUCAAUGUUGUCAAAGUGCAGCUACAAAUAAAUGUACAAAUUAUAACUUAGGCCUUAAAAAUAUGUUUUGUGGUUUAAUCAUGUUCACUAGUUAAAUUGUUAAAAGCGAUAAGCUUAAAAACAUUAAUUGAAGUUCCUCCUUCUGUUAAAGCAAAUAGAUGUAUAAAAUAGAAGUAAAUGCUUGAUCUGACUGAAAAUGAUGCACGUUAUAUCCUGAGAUAACAGAUUAACAGUGAGCUCAGUGCUGUGUACAGUCAAUAUGCAGCUAUAAUCACUAUUGAGGUUGUACAUGUAGUAAACUAUUUGUUAACUAAAAGUAUGUCAACAGGUGAUCAUAUAAAAUCGUUUAUUAUAUCGCUCAUAGCCAAAGAGAAGAUUAUAUAUUUUCUAUUGCAGUUAAAAGUGAGCCUGUUUCAUGAUAUCAAGAAAUCCAGAGUCAAGCCCUAAGACAGCCAACUAACCCACUAAUCUUACUUUGUGAUUAUCUACCAGUUACUUCAAUAAAACAUUUUCUGCAUUUUAUCAGACAUAUCUAUGCCAGUGUUCCCCACAUUGUUCUGACCAGACCAUCAAAUGCUGCAUUUAAGAUAUUUAAUAAUACCAGGUCGAGCAUUAGUAUUUGUCCCAGUGUAGAAAAGACACUUUAUUUUUAUGUUAUUUUAAAGGGAUGUUUUGUCUCACUUAAGGAACCGAUUUAAGAGUGCUAAAUGUUUUUUUUAAUGAUCUUUUUCUGCUUUUAAUGCUUUAGUUGUGACGAAGUAGUAAAUCUCAGAUCCAGCCUAUUGAAUUUAAAUGCAGCUGAACAUGCAUCAGUGAAAACUGAACUUGAGCUUUUCUAAACAAGUCUCCUUCGGAUUUCCUAAGUGCCUGGGAGUUGAGGGAUUUAAAAUCUCCUUCCUCCUUGUUGAUAUAUAUAAUGAGAAUGAAUGCAAUCUGUUGACGGAUGAAACACUCCAGACUCAAUUGUUUUACUUCUCAUUUUUGCAACAUUUGUAGUUGCAGUGACUUGAGCUGAAUUUACUAGUUUUAUUGCCAAUCAGUUGUGUACAUGUAGCAUUCAAUCUAAAUAGGUUUUGCAUUAGUGUGUUGUAUUUAUUUAUUUAUGAUACAUUCACUACUGUCGUUUAGAAUGAUACAAAUGUUUCAACCCUUUUGUUUGUGGCACGCUUUUGGUUUUGUGUUUUUGUUGUAGGUAGCAUAUUUGAAUUGAACGCUCUGAAAUCAUCAUACUGUGAAGGUCAUAUGAAAAAGUUGCUUCUUUUUUAAAAUAUUUUUCUGAAUGCAUGGUGUGCAAACCUUUGGCUGUAACCUGAACAUUUUAAGUUUUGUUUGUAUGGCUUAAUAAAAAAACAUUAUGAUCACGUCA